GUUAUUGCUUAAGGGGGAAGGCUUAAGUGGAAAUUUUGAUCACUUCUGAUAACAAAAUACUUAAAUAUAUUUGAAUCAAAUGAAAAUUCCAGUUUUCAUUUAGAAGUAUAAUGUCUUCCACACAGCAAUCUGAGCCAUUGUAGCAUGGAGGACUGAAGGCUGUUUUGUUGCAUGAGAGAAAGUUGAAGCACCCUCCGGCUCAAUGAGAUUCUUUGCUGGACACCCGGCAGAGCCUGUGACUGGCACCAGGAAGACUUCUUCCGCAAUGGCUGAAAUUAAAAGCCAAGAAAUGCCUCAUUCCACAAAGAAAGAACUGAUCCUUGGUGUCAUGGUGGGAACUGCCGGAAUCAGCUUGCUGGCCUUAUGGUACCACAAGAUCCGCAAAACAAGAAUAACAACGAACUUGCCGAAAUUUCUUUCCCUGGGUAAGAAAUUCAAUUCACUAACUUUGCAAGAUGAAACUCACAGUGAACAAGGAGCAUUAGCGGUCUUUCAAAGAAGGCAACUUCAGAUCCUGGAAAAGGUGAAUGAAUUACUGACCAGCAUGGAAGAACUUAAGGAGGAAAUCAAAUUUCUUAAAGAGACGAUUCCGAAGCUGGAGGAAUAUCUGCAGGAUGAACUUGGAGGGAAAGUAACAGUUCAUAAGAUCAGUCCUCAGCACAGAGCUAGAAAGAAACGGCCGACGACGGCUCCAAGCGCAGCAACAAACAAUAAUAGUUCAGAGGAAGCAGAAAGUGAAGGAGGCUGCCAGAAAGAUGACCAGAGCUUCCAACAAAAUUAUCCUGAGGACCUAGUUAAUCCACCACACAAGCGUCUUGGAUCCUCUUGUAUUUUACGGCCAAAAGCAGCUCUGGGUUUAAUAACUUGCCGUCCUUCUUCAACAAGUAAGUUAAGUAAAAAUUUCUCUUCUUCAUCAAGUGCAUCAAGUCGCUUUUUCCCCUCUAGACGACGACAUAAUUUACUGGCAAGCCUUCGAAGGAGACGGAGACAGCGAAGUAGAGUUAACUUUGAUUCUCAGGAAGACAUAACUUCUAAUGUCGCAAGAUCUUCAGAUCUCAUUGGUGCCAUUAAAUCUCGAAGAUGUUUUUUAUCCCCUCACCUAAGUGUAGUUUCCUGUUACAGGGGUAGCAUUAGCUAUGAUACUCCUCAAGAUAGUCUGAACCUGCCUCAUGCAAAGGAAAUUCAAGGAUUUUCUAAAAAAUCAAAUAAUAGUGAUGCUCAAAAACGUAUAAGCUUCUCUGAUCCUGACCAUGGCAUUAAGUAUUUUCCAAAUUGGGAAACAAAAGCCGUUUCUCCAGGCCUUCGGACUCCUGAAAGGACAUCUCACUCACCAAGCCUAACAGUAUCUCCCUUUUCUCUUCCAACUGUUAUGUCUUCUUCCAGUCAAGUAACUUUAUCAAUUGCUGAUGGCCGAGAAUAUGGCCAACUAAAUAAGGAUUCGGAAGAUGCCUUUCAUCAUAGGUCUCAGAGUACAAAUUACUCUCCAGGUGGCACCAAACAUCUGUCUCAGAAUAAUGCUUCCACCAGCCUCCCCCGUGAUGGACGUUCUUCACUCUAUAAUGAUGUCAACAACUUAAUUGUCGAAGUUAUCUCAGGCCCCUUUGAAGAAGAAGGUUUUCCUGCCUCGCCUCCAGAUGAAGAUACAGCUUCGCCUAUUGAAAUGGCUCAAAUAAGGUAUAUUACAGCUAACACUGACACAGAAGAGCAGAGUUUCCCAGUCGCUAAGGCUUUCAACACACACAUUGAAGAGCUGAAGCUGGAUGUCCUCCUCCAGAAGGUUGACCGUUUACGGAUAACCGAGGCUAACAAAGUGGAGAGUUUUGAGCUACUGUGUGACCACAAAGAAAAGUUUAGUGAGGAAAUAGAGUUUCUGUGGCGGCUUGCCCGAGCCUAUGGAGACAUGUAUAAAUUAUCUACCAAUACACAAGAAAAGAAACAUUAUGCUAAUAUCGGGAAAACACUGGGAGAAAGAGCUAUCACGAGAGCACCCAUGAAUGGACAUUGCCAUCUGUGGUAUGCAGUUCUGUGUGGUUAUGUGUCUGAGUUUGAGGGAUUGCAAAACAAGAUUAACUGUGGAAAUCUAUUCAAGGAGCAUCUGGAAAAAGCCAUCCAGCUCUUACCGGAAGAGCCCUUCCUGUACUACCUCAAGGGAAGAUACUGUUACACUGUCUCAAAACUCAGCUGGAUUGAGAAAAAGAUGGCCGCUACUCUGUUUGGGGAAAUACCAUCUUCGACUGUUCAUGAGGCUUUGCAUAACUUCCUUAAGGCUGAAGAAUUGCAACCUGGCUAUUCUGUGUCCAACUACAUGUUUGUGGCCAAGUGUUACGUUGAUCUCGAGGAAUCUCAGGAUGCAUGGAAAUUCUGUAACUUGGCCUUAUUACUGCCUAUUGUUACCAAAGAGGACAAGGAGUCACAUAAAGAGGUGAAAAAAAUAAUCUGUUCUUUGAAGAGGUAAAUAUAAGAGUUUGUUCUUCAGCCAUCCCAAUACCGUCUUCUAGAGUUUAUCAGAAUUGUAUUUUUAUAAUCCUUUUGUCCUUAAUGUAAAGAUUAUGUGUUCUUAUUUGAUUUGAAAGUAUAAUACUGCCUUCCGCAGCCGCUGCACAGCAAAACAAAUCAUGAUGUUUGGAAACAGUAUUUAAUGUUAGUAUGACACGAUCCCUAAACAUGUAUGCUUCAUUUUUUUAUGUCAAUAAACUACAGUCUUUAGAAUAUUUGUGUAACAAAUACUUAAACAGUCUAAUAAACUGCACCCCAGUGAAUAUAAUCAUUGUGUCAAUAGAAUUUAUAAAAUAAAAUAAUUUCACUCAUAAGGAUGAAAAUGUAGACACUGGGCUCAGUUAGUAGAAAAGGAAGAACAAAAGCUAGUAAUCAGAGAAUUGUAAAUAGAAUUACAAUAAAAUACUGUUUUACUAUCAAACUUGGAAGUUUUUUCCCUUUUUUUCAGGAAAUGCUCAAUAUUAACAGUAUUGCCUUAAGAUGAAAUAUUUUUAUAUACUAGUGUAUAUAAACUAGGAAAUACUAGUUAGUGUGGGGGUGAUAUUUUUGCUAUAAACCUUGGGUUAAAAUAUAUCUAAGGACUAAAAACUAUAUUGUUUAAUCCUGCAACGUCACUUCACAGAAAUAACCCUAAAGAGAAAGUGAGGUGACUUAUGUGUGUUCCCAACAACAUAACAAGAGAACAGUUAACCAUACUAUAUUUCCACUAUGGUAGAAAUAUUUUGAUAUUAAAAAUAAUUAUAUGCUAGGCAUGGUGGCACAAUCAUUAAUCCAUGGCUCAGGAAAAGGAGGUGUAUGAUCAUGGGUUCUAGGGGGCCUGGCUAAAAAGCAGGACCCGACCCUGUCUCAAAAAAAUACAAACUAAUAUGAUAUAAUAUAGUGUGAUAUAUGAUAUAUGAUGGGAUAUAAUAUGAUAUCAUGUGAUAUAUGAAGAUCAUGAGUCCAAUAUGGAUAUAAAAGCAAGACUCUUGUUUCAUGUGUGUUUGUGUGAAUGUGUGUAUGUGAUAGAGAAAUGCAUAGAAUAUCUUGUAAAUAAGUAUGUAGAUGUGAUGUCAACUGUGUGAAAAUAUGCCAGAAAAGUAUUAAGAGAAAAUAAACUAAUGCUAGUUUUAUAUCUGUGACUCUGCAUUUUAUUUGUUUAUUUCUCAAUUUUUAGUAAUAAACUAA